AUGACUGCCAGUGGCCAACCACUGACUGCGGUACAGUCGUAUGUGCACAGUGAGUUUUUGCACAGAGAAAUUAUUUGCAUUGUUUCUAGGAGGAGGUGUAGGCCAGCUGCUCCUGGAGACAUGCUUCGUGGUAUGACAGCCUUUCUUGAGGCCGUUGACGAACGGGCAGAGCAACUUGCGCGGCAGCAGGCGGUGGGGGAGGAAGCGACAUCGCUGGAGGUGGAGAUGGAAAAAUCGGACGAAAAAGAAGAAGGCAAUGAGGGGAGAUCGACAAACGGCAUGUAUGCAGCGGGGGAUGAUCCUGCACCACAUGCGUUGGGGAGCCAAGUGUCUUUACCGCCGUUUCCAGCCCAACCCACGGAGACGCACGGCAGCAAAAAUAAUGGCGGCAUGGCGCCAUCAAAAAAAUCAACGGCGGCCGCGGUUUCAGCGGAGGACGAAGGCGGUUUCUUACAGGGGAAGUGGAAUCACGUUGAGGAGGGAGCGACGGCAGCAGCAGCGGCGCUAAUGAUUCAACGAGAUCUUGAGUCUUCGCUCCUGAGGCGAAAAGACGAAGAGAUCGAUGUUCUUGCACAACAAGUUCGGCGUCAACAGGCAACGGCGGAGGCCGCACGACAAGAACUGCUGCAACGUUCGCUACAGGUGCAUCAGUUGGAGGAGUCACUGCGCGCCGUCAGGGCCCGCUUUGACGAGCACAAGUCAAAGUCUCGCCGAUUACUGGAGGACAAACAACGAGAGUACGAGGAGCUUUGUCGCCGUAUUGAGCUGCAGGAAAGGAGAAAACAUGCGCCAGGUAGUGCCGAAAUGGACAAUUAUCAAAAUAGUAAAGACGUGGCAGCACGGCAGCGUGAGGAGGAGUUAGCAGGCACGAUUGCUUCCUUGAGGCGAGAGCAAGAGCGACUCGAAGCGCAGAUUGCGGCUGGUCGUCGCGAAGUGGACGCGGCACACGAACAACGAAUUGCGGUCGCACAACAGUUGGAAUUUAUGCAGUUGGACUUGCGUGGUGCACAGGAGGCUCUUGAGAGUGAAGUGACGGCACACCAGCGAAGCAAGGCGUUGCUGCAGGGACGGCAGCGGGAGUUAAAUGAGCUGCGGGCAGCAGUAGAGAAAAAUGGUGGAAGCUUCACUGCAGCCGGUGCCCUUAUUUCAUUCCGUGGCGAUGAUGCUGGUUCGCGCGACAAUUUGCUUCUCUCUCGUCAGCUUCUCGAGAAGCAGAAUGCAUUGGAGGCGGCCAUGCGAGAUGCGGCGGAGUGGCGGCGACGUUGCGAGCGUGCGACACUUCGGCUUGAGGAGGAGCGUACCACACGUGUAAACAUUACAAAUUCGCAGCAGCUGACGCGGGACGCGGCGGAUUUUCGUCCGAUUUCUUUCCGACGUCUGACGUCCACAGGUAGGUUGACGAUGUUAGUAGUGGAUUUGAUAGCCACAGUGGACAACAUUGCCAUUCGCUUUGGUCGACUCCUGCGACGGCAACCUGUUCUUCGCCUUAUCGCUGCGUUUUACAUGCUCUUUUUACAUGUAUGGUUUCUGAUGGCGUUGAUGGUGUUUGGGAGAAGUGCAGAUAUUUCAUCUUUGACUAACAAAAGCCCUUGA